UCUCCCUGCCGUCCGUUUUCCUCCGUACUCAUAUAGUUACUUACGUUCCAGUCGUUGAACAGAAUAACACAGCCGAGCGAGUUUGACAUCAUGAGCUUUCGUCUUUUCUCACUUUUUAUGCUUUUCAUCGCCAUAAGCCAAGUUUUUUGCGAGGAGAACGACCUUCAAGAAAUCGAUGACGACUGGACGAACAACAACCACAUACAGGACAACUGGAUGUCUCGUGACCCCUUCAGAGAAAUACUUUGGAGGAAGACAAGAAAGCCCCGGCCACAUCAGUUUAUUGGCCUGAUGGGGAAGCGCUCAAUGGCAAAGACAGAGAUUCCACGCAAAAGGCAUAAAGUCAACUCUUUUGUCGGGUUGAUGGGAAAACGAAGCCAAGAAGAUCCAGAUUCCUCCCAAUGGAGCACAAUACAGAUGUAUGACAAGCGCCGCUAAAAGGGUCACCUUCUCUCCUGCCUGUUUCUUAUCUUGGCAUUCCUCACCUCUGUGUUGAUUUUGUAGAUGCUCAUUACUGUUUGUCAAAUAAAACAAUUGUUUACAUGUU